AUGAACGCAGCAAAGCUUUCCGCCUUCCGUUCGGGGGCCUCCCGGCUGGUUCCUCGCGCCGGUUUGAGGGGUUUCCGCAGCAGCAGCAGCAGCAGCAGCAGCUGCUGCUGCAGCAGCAGCAGCAGCAGAUCUCUCGGCGCUGCCUUUGCAAUGCCUUUUAACGGCAAGUCCCUAAACCCUCGGGCUGGGCUGCGAGGGCUCUCGGGGGCCCACUUCAGCUUCCCAGCAGCAGCAGCAGCUGCUGCUGCUGCUUCUGCUGCUGCGUCUGCUGCUGCUUGCCCUGCAGCAGCUCGGUUUCUGACGAGCAGCAGCAGCAACGGCAGCGCUGCAGCAGGCAGCAGCAGCAGCAGCAGCUCGCCGUCAGCAGCAGCAGCAACUGCAGAUGGAGACGCCGAAGGCAGAGAAAGAAAAACAAAUGGAGAAGCAACAGAGCAGCCAGAAGAGGAUAUAACCGACGUCGAGCAGGUGGAGUCGGCGAGAGAUUACGCCAUUUCAGGGUUUGCAAAGGCGCUGCUAGAUGUUGGAGACUCUUUGACCAACGCGCGGCAGCAGCUGCAGCAGCAGCUUGAGAAGCAGCAGCAGCAGCAGCAGCAGCAGCAGAGUGUGGGGCAGCUGCAGCAGUUUGUCGACGGCAUAUCGAUGACCGAAAGUCUCUUCCACAAAACCCUAGAGAGGUUUGGGGUGCAGCAAUACGACCCGAUAGGCCAGAAGUUCGACCCUUCUCUUCAUGAGGCUCUCUUCGAGAUGGACGGUCCCAGCGACAAAAAGGGCAGCGUGGCGCAGGUGGUGCAGAGGGGAUACAAAAUAAAGGACCGAAUCCUCAGGGCAGCGAAAGUUGGCGUCGUUAAACCCUAA